CUGCUCGGCGCUCGGCUGCGGGGCCUGGCGGAGCGGGGCGGGCUCGGCGCGGCUCGGCACGGCACGGGGAGGCUCGGCACGGCUCGGCCUGGUGCGGCCUAGCACGGCCCGGCGGGAUGGUGAAGCUCACGGCGGAGCUGAUCGAGCAGGCGGCGCAGUACACCAACGCCGUCCGGGACCGAGAGCUCGACCUGCGCGGCUAUAAAAUCCCCGUUAUCGAGAAUUUAGGCGCCACUUUGGACCAGUUCGAUGCGAUCGAUUUCUCUGACAACGAGAUCCGUAAGCUGGACGGGUUCCCCCUGCUGAGGAGGCUGAAAACCCUCCUGAUGAAUAACAACAGGAUUUGUCGGAUCGGUGAGGGACUUGAGCAGGCUCUGCCCAGCCUCACGGAGCUCGUUCUUACCAACAAUAACAUUGCCGAAUUGGGUGAACUGGAUCCAUUAUCAAGUAUUAAAUCAUUGACGUAUCUGAGCAUUUUAAGGAACCCUGUAACAAAUAAGAAGCAUUACAGACUGUAUGUAAUCCACAAAGUUCCUCAAGUCAGAGUACUGGAUUUUCAGAAAGUAAAACUCAAAGAGCGACAGGAGGCAGAGAAAAUGUUCAAGGGCAAACGGGGUGCACAGCUUGCAAAGGAUAUUGCCAGGAGAACAAAAACCUUCAAUCCAGGCGCAGGUCUGCCAACGGACAAAAAGAAAACUGGGCCCUCCCCAGGUGAUGUCGAGGCAAUUAAGACUGCCAUAGCAAAUGCCUCGACUUUGGCUGAAGUGGAGAGGCUGAAAGGCUUGCUGCAGGCUGGUCAGAUACCCGGCAGGGAGCGAAAACCAGGGCCGGCCGAGGACGCCGAGGAGGAGAUGGAGGAAGACGCCGUCCCCAACGGCUCCUAGCGGGGGGCCGGCGCCGCCGGGGGCUUCCCUUGGGGCCGUGCCGGGGGUUCUGCGCCGCGGUCACCCCUCAAUAAAGGAGCGGGGCCGGGG